AUGAGGCAGAAGGUGACGUCUGUGCUGUGCCUUUAUGGGGCUCUGCACUGCUUGCUGUUUCUGCCAGUGUCGCGGGCAACGUCGUUAGCAAAAGUCUCCAAAGACAAAGCAUCUAAUCCAGCUGUCAGCAUCGACUCUGAACAUGCCCAUGGUUUUCUGGCACACGCACGUUCGAGAAGAACAGCUGACCCCAACUGGUAUCGCAGUAAUCCAGACUUCCAGUCCUACUACCGUUAUUACAACAGUAUUGGGCACACUGAGGGGCUCUACGAGAUAGACAGAAUUCGAAUGCUUUACCAGCAGAUGCGACACCUGGAGCUCGCGUACGGACCUGAGGCGUCCAAAUUCCAGAACACCCUCGGUCUCCAGCUAAAACCCACGCCUCCACCCACAACCCAGCCUCCACCCCCCACUUUACCUCCCGUCUCCAAGAUGGACGUUAUGUACCUGUGUAAUUUAAAAGACCCCCAAUGCAAGCCACAUAUAGUGUACCUGCCCGCCGGUGGUGUACCUGUCCUUUGCGAUCCACGGUACCACCCAAACUGCAACCUCAGCCCUGUCCAGAAGCCGCUUUCUCCACCCGUAACUCCCUCAGAGCCGGUGACGUCAGACCCUCCUCCACCACCACCACCACCACAAAAAAACAAGCCCCCUCCACCACCCCCUCCUCCAAUGAUUAUGAAAGGAAUGGAGUAUGACUGUGAUCCUUACUGGGACCCCGACUGCUUGAUCGACAACCCUCCCAGGCCAGUUAAGAUGAUCGAACCACCACCAGCGCUGCCGGCUGAAAAGGGGAAAAAGGAAACGGACAGCAAAGUCAUCCUAAACGCUCCAGUUCCAACCUACGACCCAUAUGACUUCAAUCAAGAUCUAUAUGAUCCUUUCCGCCAUGCAGCUCCCUGAUAUCAAAUCAGUGAAAAAACGCAUCUUCAUAAUUUACUCCUACAUUUACGUUUUCUUAUCAAAACCAUGUAGCCUAUAAUUUAUAAGAUUAUGUAGACGUCGCAUAUUAAAUAUAUUAAACCGUGGGCUUUUAAUAAUAAUUGUGUUGCUAGAUUUGUAUUCUUUAGACAAAAAUCUUGAGGCCAGA